CUGACAUCUGCCGGCAGAGAGGUGUACUGCAGCUAACUUCAUUUUGAACCCGGAAGUGUUGCUGUCCUAUUUUGACAGCUGGACGAGUCGAGAUCUAUGGUCGAGUCACAGACUGCAGGAUGGACUCUAGUGGGAAACCUUCGACCGCACAGAUUGUGGUUUUAGCCACCAGCUCUGCUCUGACUGCCCUCUUCUACUCCAUCUACAGGAGCAGAGCGACAACAGUAGCUAGAUUAAAGGAAGCGAAGAAAGUCUCCAUUGACCAGGAUCUGAAAAACAUCCUGUCUGAAACUCCUGGGAGAUGUGUCCCGUAUGCGGUCAUAGAAGGUGUGGUGAGGUCAGUGAAGGAAACUUUGAGCAGCCAGUUUGUUGAUAACUGCAAAGGAGUGAUCGAAAGGCUGACCCUGAAGGAGGAGAAGAUGGUGUGGAAUCGUACCACUCAUCUCUGGAACAACACAGAGAAAGUCAUCCACCAGCGCACAAACACAGUUCCUUUUGCCCUCGGCUCUCAUGAUGAUGACAUCGCCACUACGAUACGAGUGAUUCGCCCACUAGAUGCCACUGAGCUGGACCUAGAAACGACCUAUGAGAACUUCCACCCUACAGUGCAGUCUUUGUCCAACGUCAUCGGACACUUCAUCAGCGGGGAACGACCAAAGGGGAUCCACGAAACGGAGGAGAUGCUGCGUCUAGGAGACAGCGUCACAGGAGUGGGAGAGCUGGUCCUGGAUAACAACCUCAUCAAGCUCCAGCCUCCCAAACAGGGGUUCCAAUACUUUCUCACCCGGCUGGACUACGACGCUCUCCUCAGGAAGCAGGGGAACAGCGUCAGACUGUGGAGGAUUCUCACGGUUAUCUUUGGAGUGGCAGCUUGUUCCAUGAUCAUAUUUAUCCUUUGGAAGCGCUACGUUCAUCACAGACAGAGCAAGAAGGAGAGGAGCAUGCUGGAGGAGUUCAAGGAGAAGCAGAGGAAACGUAUGCGUGAACUGAACAUCGAAGAGAGCAGCGUGUCACCCACCAGCUGCACCGUGUGUCUUAGCCGGGAGCGCUCCUGUGUGUUUUUGGAGUGUGGUCACGUGUGUGCGUGCGCUCAGUGCUACGACGCCCUGCCAGAGCCAAAGAAGUGCCCCAUCUGUAGGAGCAUGAUAGACCGCGUGGUGCCUCUUUACAACAGCUAAAGUCAAAAUCUCAUCCUCGCAUUCAUGUAGAGCUGGAAACAUUUCACUCAGAGCUUUUCAUCUGUGCCUAAAAAGGAACAUUUGUGAGAAUUGUUGCACUUUUUCUUCACCCACUCCUGCUGAUGAAUACUGAGUGUCUGUGCUGAGUCAUGAUACAAUCCCAGCUUCAAUCAGACAUUCAAAUCAAAUUUCAAACCUGCUAAGUAGACCAAAUGAAAGCCUGUCUUUCAUUGUGAGACAGAAAAUUAAAUUUUCUCUUACUUUGAAGCCUACAAAUAUUGAUUAAACACAUUUUGGCUCUCUUUGAAGAGAAACUUUGUGUUAAAGUUCAUUCAGUUUUACAGAUUUCUCAAAGCAGAACUGAAGAACACUUACUAAGAAAUGCAGAAAACACUGCAGAGCUGCACAAGUUUUACUAAAAGGUGAUGCACAAUCAAGGGUGUCAUAGUUAUUACAGUAUGAGCAUUUGCCUUUAACACCUCGCUAAUGUCUUGUGCUUCAUAUCAAUGAUAAUAUUAAAGAAGUUGUUCUCCCUCAGUAUAGGUAUAUUUUACUAGUUGGAUGGAGACCCAAGCUUAACAGCCAUGCUGUCUCAUUAUCUGGAUGUAAAUGACACUAGUAAACUAUCAGCUAACCCAGCAUUUCACAACUUUUUUUUCUGUCCAGGUUCCCUUUAGAAUUUAGAAAAAUCUUGAGUUACCUUGUACAAAAAGUUCUCAAAAAAUGAACCCUUUACAUCCUUAUGACAGCCAAGAUUUUUAUGUAAUAUUUUAAUUAAUAAGAUAAAUCUCUAAAGAACCCUAUUAAAACAGUUUAAAUGCCUUUGAAGGCAUUUGUGGUGGUCGUGUAGACCUAUAAAACAUGUUUUGAUGUGUUUUUCACUUUGUGAACACCGACUAAACUGAAGAAAAAACUGCAUGGCCCCCUACAUUGAUUAGUAUUUUGAAGGCACCCCUGGCAAUCUCAGAAAAACACCCCAGGGUGCAGUGGCAAUCAUGUCGAAAAUGGCACAGCUAACUCUAUAUGGAUUUAUAUGAAUUUAGUGGUUCAGACAGCUUUCAACAGCUUUCUGUAUUUAUUUUGGAUUCAGAAGGGACUUACUACAAACAUAAGUGUUGUUUAGGGCCAGCAGAUUGACACAGAAACUUUGAUAUCUGUUACUUAUCAGCACUUCAUUUCAUUCUUAAAAUAUAAAAUACAGCAGAAUCAGAGCCACUUCAAUAGGUAUACCUGUUCAGUUGCUCAAUGAGCAGCGCAAUUAACAGCAUUCAGAAACAUUAAAUGUACAAGUGUAAAGAUACAAGAAAAAAUAUGCAUACCAUUACACAGUGCACACAUUUUGUACUCCAGUAUAAAAGAAUCAUUUUUAAAAAUACCAUUAAUGCAGUAGAGCUCUGCAAGAAAGGCAAGGUAUUAUUCCAUAUGUAGCUGUUCUCCUCUAUCUUUAAUAACAGACAUAAUCAGGGUUAAAAUUAAAAUUAACAUUAUCCAUAACAAAAUAAUCAAAUAGUCCUUUACAUUCCUCAGAGCUAUGAAUGAGCUAGGAAUUUCAUUUACUGAUGUUGGUAGGUUUAUUUGUGUAAGGAUGUUUUUCACACAGCACAGGCAAAGAAAGGUUAUGAAUCAGAGCAAGGUUUUCAAGGUGUAGUAAAGUGAGCCUCCCCUUGGAGAUUAAUUUAUUCCAUGGACCCUCACCCUCAUAGAAAAUGAGAUUUAAAAAAAUGAAAUGACUAUGUUUUUAAUAUUUUAUGUCUCAUCUUAUAACAUUGUUAUUUUACACAUUUUGAAAUUUUAGUUUGCAUGUGUCAUUAAACAUCCAUCUUACCCACAUUCAGUUAUCUAGCAUCAGUAUUGAACUGAAAAUACUACCUGAUUAUUAUGCUCUAUGCUUUUAUUUAGAGGGAGUUUUGAGUUUGCAUCCAUUCAGUUGAUGCAGGAUUGCAAAACAGCAGAUGGUCCUCCACCUUCGGCCUUUUUUGAUCAUCAUUGUUGUCUAAACCUGCACUUGCAGACGCUAUCUUAGCAUUUAUGGCAUUAAAUAUCUGAGUUGCCAACAGUGACUGAAAUUCCUUUUACUUCCUGGUUUUGGUCUCUAGUGUUUUUCUCUCAGUAUGGCUCCAGGGUUUACACUGCCUCGUGUACAUCUUUACAUAUUAAACACUGUGGCUGUUUAGCAUCAUGAGGACCAAUGCAGAAAAUUGUAACUUUAAUAGUCUACUCUAUAGUGUAGUCUCUGCAGUAACUAUGAAUCUGUCCAUUUUGGCUUCAUACAGCAGAAGUUAGCAAAGCAAAUCACCUUUUUUUCUGGUUUAUGGUUCUGUGCCUCCCCUGAAUUCUGGUGCCGCCUGCCUCACUCUAUGAAAACCGCUGUAUCAGACCAUAAAGGUCUUUGUGAAAGUGUUAAGGUUGGAGAAUAAUUGCACCAACAAUUGUGAAGCUUUUUUUAUUAUUAUUAUUUCUAAAGACAAAAGCAGUGACCCUUUUUUUUUUCUUCUUUAUCUUUGCGAUUGAAGUGGACUUAGUAAAUGGACUUGAGCUUGAAAGAUUUUCAGGUCGUCUGACUACUCUAAGCACUUUUUACACCACAGGUCACACCAGCUCACUCCACAUUCACACACUGAUGUAAAAGGCUGCUAUUUAUAGUCCAUCUAUAUUAAUCACUGAUCACACACAUUCAUACACUACUGAUGCAGCAGUGGGAGUAGAUUGUGGUUGUGUCUUGCUUAAGGAUGCAUCAACAUGUGACUGCAGUCACUAGGGAUCAAACCGCUGACCUUCCCGUUGAAAGACGGCCGACUCCACUGAUCCACAGUCAUCCCAGCUAAAUAAGGACAUGCUGCAGGUUCCUGGAAAGUCAAAUCCAGAGAAGACUGCACAGAUAUCACAUGAAAUGAUUGUUGUGCAGCUGAAACCUCAUUAAAGGCAAAUGCAAUGUAAAAUACAUUCUGUGUGCGUUCAAUAA